AUGCGCGAUCGCAUCGAAAGAGUCGCGGAAGACUUGAAAGAAAUUCAAACCAUUCUAUCGAUCAGCGUAUCGUCCGAGCGGACGCGACGAUUGAGGGAAUAUAUAACCGCUGAGUUGGGAUCGCUCCGUGAAGAACCGUUCGAUCUAUACGAUCAACAAGACAAAGUCGACUAUCUUCUUCUGAAGAAUUACCUGGAACGACAACUCCGUGAUCUCGAAUUGAACGUGGAGCGGGAUGAGAAAGCGAAGCCCCUACUCCCCUUUGCUGCACAGUUGGUCGAAUUAUGCGAGGCACGGGAGAAUGUAGUGCCAAUCGUGCCGAAAGACGUGGCCGGCAUAUUGUUUCGGACGCAGAAGAAUGUCGUGGCCGUUAUUGACACGGUGGAAAAUGAUCCGGAGAAGAUAAGCAUCAACAAGUCGAGCGCCUUCCGGGCGGCGAAGAUUGUGGCUGACCUGCGUGAGCAUCUUUCCGAGUGGUUUCGCUUUUACAAAGGCUACGAUCCCUUGUUCGACUGGUGGGUGGCUAGCCCAUACAGCGAGUUUGACGACGCUUUGGUCCGACUGUCGUCUGCGAUCCGUGAGAAGCUCGUUGGUAUCAAACCUGGCGAUGAAGACGUUAUCGUUGGGGAGCCGAUCUAUCGCGAGGGACUGCUGGCAGAGCUUCAGGCGGAAAUGAUCCCAUACACGCCGGAGGAUAUCAUCGCGAUCGGUGAGAAGGAGUUCGAAUGGUGUAUUGGAGAAUUGGAAAAAGCGUCGCAGAGUAUGGGAUUCGAAGAUGACUGGAAAAAGGCACUGGAAGAAGUCAAGAAUGAUUACGUCGAUCCAGGGCAGCAGACACAAUUGGUCAAAAAGCUAGCACAGGAAGCAAUCUCCUUUGUCGAAGAACAUAGUCUCGUCACUGUGCCGCAGAUCGCGAAAGAGACGUGGCAGAUGUUCAUGAUGUCGCCGGAGCGACAGAAAGUGAAUCCCUUCUUCCUAGGAGGAUCAUCGAUCAUCGUGUCCUAUCCAACUGACACUAUGGACCACGAGUCCAAAUUGAUGAGUAUGCGUGGAAACAACAUUCACUUUGCUCGUGCGACCGUCUUUCAUGAACUGAUUCCCGGCCAUCGCCUGCAAUUCUACAUGAACGCGCGGCAUCGACCGUACCGGCAACUCUUCGACACUCCGUUCUGGAUUGAGGGAUGGCCAUUAUAUUGGGAGAUGAUUCUAUGGGACGACGAUCGGUUCGCGAAAACACCCCAGAACCGCAUUGGGAUGCUUUUCUGGCGACUGCAUCGAUGCGCCCGAAUCAUCUUUUCCAUCAACUUCCAUCUCGGGCGUAUGACGGCGCAGGAGUGUAUUGACUUGCUCGUGAACAAAGUUGGGCAUGAACGCGCCACGGCGGAAGGAGAGGUAAGAAGAUCACUGGCGGGCGAUUACUCGCCGUUAUAUCAGGCUGGCUACAUGCUCGGGGCAUUGCAAAUUUAUGCGCUCCGAAAGGAAGUGGUCGAGGGCAAGGGCGAGGGAGGGUUCAUUCGCGAGAAGGAUUUCCAUGACCGUUUUUUGAAGGAGAACUGCAUGCCUAUCGAGCUGAUGCGCGCGUUAGUGACCGAGAGCCCAUUGUCGAGGGAUUACACUCCGUCCUGGAGAUUUUACAGGUUAUAG